AUGUACGAAGAAGAAGGACAACAUCAUAAUCAAUCACCAAUAUCAACCAAAAUUGAUUACACUAGUUAUUGGGUAGACACUAUCGAUUAUUGUUCAUUUACCAAAUCAAAUAGUGAUAAUACUAAUAUAGUAAAUUCAAUACCACGUGGAACAACCAUCGAGAAACUAGUUGGUCCAAAUCAUGACACUUAUCCAAAUAAAGAACAUAGCUGGACCAUUUCAAAUGGAACAAGACAAGAGCAUAUUAUAGUGAGAAUUAAAACGCUUGUAUAUAUGGAAAAAAUUUAUAUUUAUGAAGAUUUCAAUCCUGGUUCAGUUGUAAAACUUGAAAUAAUUGAUAAUAGAGAUAAUGGUUUUGUCCUGUGGGAAGGCGAGGACCGACCAUUGGAUGGUGUUACACAUCGAAUAUUCUCACCUGUUUUACGUCGAUAUCGAAUAAUGAGUGAUCGAUUACGCAUUACUGUUGAUCCAACAAAAUCUGAAAUGAUCGCCAUAAACGCGAUAAAAAUAACUGGUACAAAUAUAUUUGAUUCCACGGUAUAUCGUACAACAUUAUCUGAUGCAUUAUCAAAAUUAUUCAAUAAUAAUAAUCGACACAGUGAUAUUCAGUUCACCAUAGACGAUCAUUUGAUAAAAGCUCAUAAAAAUAUUCUUUGUGCUCGUAGUUCAUAUUUUCGUGCAUUAAUAUUAAAUGAUAUGCGUGAAAAAGAAUUGCUCAAACAGGGUCCAUUAUCAAUUGCAGACGUUAAGUACGAUGCAUUCGUUGAAAUAUUAUAUUUUUUAUAUA